CAGUUGCAACCACGACGUCAGCGCCAGCGCAUCAGCAGCGUGCAGCGCGUGCUCCCCAGUAUUCAGAUUGUUGAAAUCCGUGCCGGUUCCGUCGACAUGCCCAGCGUUGCCGUCCCGAACGUGCGUCGCCGUGCGCCGGUGACAGAGGCUGUACCGGCGCCGUCGGCAGAGGCUGUACCCACACACGACGUUCAGAUGGCACCCCGUGUGGUGCAGUACGCCGCGUUGGUGCUGGCCACAACGGUCUCCAACGGACAGAUUCUACCGCCUCCGUGUGACAGUGACAUUUUUUGCGAAGGUCCGCUGCUGCACACCGUGCAGAUGGCGCGACUCCACAAGGACUCCAAGCACUUCGUGGACAUGAGCAUGCGCCACGACCCGGAGGAGGUCAAGGCCAAUUUCCAGUCCAUGAUGCGCCGCACCGGGCAGCAGCCCACCCAGGAGGACGUGCGCGCUUUCCUCGAGGACAACUUCAACGAGCCGGGCAGCGAGUUCGUCGAGUGGCGGCCUUCCGACUGGACGGAGAACCCCAAGUUCCUGUCCAGAAUCGAGGACCGCGAGCUGCGUGUCUGGAUCCAGGAGCUACACGGCUUCUGGAAGGAGCUGGGCCGCGAGGUGACGGGCGAGGUGUACCUCCACCCGGAGCGCUUCUCGCUCAUCUUCGUGCCCAACCCGACCAUCGUGCCUGGCGGACGGUUCCGCGAGUUCUACUACUGGGACUCGUACUGGGUCAUCAAGGGUCUGCUGCUCUCCGAGAUGUACCACACGGUGCGCGGCAUGCUCGAGAACUUCCUGGUGAUGGUGGAGCGGUUCGGCUUCGUGCCGAACGGCGGACGCGUCUACUUCGAGCGCCGCUCACAGCCACCCUUCCUCAUUCCCAUGGUUAAGCUGUACCUGGACGCCACGAACGACAUGGACUUCCUCAGGACCAACAUUAAGCUGCUGGAACGGGAGUACCAAUUCUGGCAGGCCAACCGCACCGUCAACGUGCAGAAGGAUGGCCGCGCCUACCGGAUGUACCGCUACAACGUGGAGGUGGGCCAGCCGCGGCCCGAGUCCUACAGGGAGGACUACGAGCUGGCCGAGCGGUCGUUCAGCGUCGAUGGCGCCAGACAGACGCUGCACACUCAGCUCAAGUCUGGCGCCGAGUCGGGCUGGGACUUCUCCACGCGCUGGUUCAUACCGGCCGCCGGCCAGCCGAGCCCAGGUACGCUGAAGGACCUGAAGACCCGCUCCUUCGUGCCGGUGGACCUGAAUUCGCUUCUGUACCUGAACGCCAAGCUGCUGUCCGAGUUCUACGACCUGCUGGGCAACGGCUCGAAGGCGGCCAUGUAUCGCGAGCAGGCUGAGACGCUGCGCAACAACAUCCAGAACGUGCUCUGGGACCAGGACGCCGGUUCGUGGUUCGACUACGACACCGCCAACAUGCGACUGAACAAGAAGUUCUUUCCGUCCAACAUCUUCCCGGUCUGGGUGAACGCCUCAACGUCUGAGCAGAACGCCAAGUUCCUCCAAUACCUGAAUCGGGUCAACGUGACGAACUUCUUGAGCGGAGUGCCCACCUCGCUGGAGAACUCUGGUCAGCAGUGGGACUUCCCGAACGCGUGGCCGCCGCUGCAGCACGUCAUGGUGGAGAGCCUCAACCAAAUGGACAACGACGAGGCCAAGCAGCUGGCCUUCGAGAUGGUGCAGAAGUGGAUCAGCACCAACUACCUGAGCUACAUGGAGGCCAAACCGCACGCCAUGUUUGAGAAGUACGACGUCACUCAGAUGGGGCUGCCCGGCGGCGGCGGCGAAUACGACGUGCAGCUGGGCUUCGGCUGGACGAACGGCGUGGCCAUGGCCUUCGCGGACGAGUACGGCAGUCAGCUGCGCGCGCCGUCGGCGGCCGCCCGCUCCCCGCCCACCUGGGUGCUGGCGCUGCUGCUGCCGGCUGCCGCCAUGGCGGCGAUGGCCGCCGUCCUAUGGUGAGAUGCGUGAGGUGCCCUCAAGGGGGCUGAGAAGGGCGCGCUCUCAGCCUGGUGCCGGGUUUACGGUUGUAACGGCGUUGAAUCUCGACGUUUCGCGCGGCGUUUGCGCCACGCGUAUCGGCUGCGGCCGAAGUUGAUGUAGUCACCCCACUGUACCGAAUGUGCGACCCGUGUACCCCCUGCCCCGACGAGCUGUUUAAUCGCGCCAGAUAGUUCCUUCAGGGGUUUGAAGUUGCGUCCAUGGUCUUAAUGACCACGCACCCGCAAUGCACAGGCGUUGGGUCGACAAAGACCAUGCAGGGGCUCCUUUUCCAGGGCAUUGCUAGAGUUUCUGAGCAUUGGUUUUUGGGACACGUUACGGGUCGCUGAUUUGUGAAAUGCCUCGCAAAUGCUCUAACCAGUGCGUAUGUACCGACAGCGUUUCCGGAGCCUUUUACACUCUGUGACGGUGCACGUCACGCUUUUUAGCAUAAUCCUAUCAUAAAACGUGCGAACUCGACUCGGAACUUAAAACAUAAGAGCUUUCUUACUACCUUUAGUUAAGUUACUUGGAUUGUUGACCAUUUUGUGUCGUGUCAAAUUCAGCUACUUUAAGCGAUAAGGUGGCAAGGUUAAUGCAAAGGAUGGGUUCCUUGUUCUGUAGGAAGCCCAUCGUGCCUUGCAAAACCUUGGGAUGGCCACUAAAGGCAGCUCGAAUUAAGUGGGUACAAUGCAUUCACGGAUGGUUGUUUGUGAGAACUGAUCAGCCCCCAUCCCCUGAGGCCAGAAAGUCACAGCAGCUGUGUGCCAAGAAACAGUUGGAGGCGGCGGGGGGGGGGGGGGUCCUGAAACUCAUUAGGAGGCGAGAUGGGCGGAGGUCUCCAUUGAUGUUUGAGCAGGCUGCACGGGCUGGUCCCUUUCGUACAUAUCCACAGUGCCACGUAGCCAUGCGCUAUGAUUCUUUUCUUGCGUAUGUUUUCACAUCCACUCAGGCUUGAACUGGCGCGGGCCGUGCUUCGUGUUUCGCACAGUAAGGCAUUAUGCAAUGCAGACACGAUCAGUCAUCGUCACCAGACUUCACCUCUAAAAGGAGGCUAUCCGUGCAAGCGUUGGCAGCACAGUUGCAAAUCGCACUGGUCUUCCACACGAUUGCAUUCGAUACUAGACAACACAACCGAAGGUUUCUCUACUCAAUGGUGGACACGGGUCAAGGGUACUCCUUGGUACACCACCCCGUCCAUAAGAUCCGAGGCUGACCAAACCAGCCGCCGAGUGGUGUGGCGUCUGGCUGCAAUAAGUCCCUCGCCUUCAUGUGUUAUGCGCUGACCGCGUGCCGUGUGUCUCAGCUUCUCUACGCUGCGGACGUUGAAGAAGUGGUCUCUAUCUCUCGCCCGAUGUUGCAUAAGGCGAGCCAGCCCUCUUCACACUGGGACGCCAUCAGUUGGGCGAGUUCGCUGCGCUGGUCGCCGGGUCUUUUCUGCCACUUGUUUUGGUGUCGGUCCCACUUAUACGCGAGCUGGUGAGCGACACUGUGCCGCAUUUGGAAAGCGAGCUUGCCGGGUCGUACUAUGCCUGUUUGAGCGAUGAAUCUGUAGACUGAUGAAUAAAGAUAUGUGCGCUUA